UUGGAAGGAGGGGCAGUCAAGAGAGAGAGAGAGAGAGAGAGAGAGAGAGAGACAGAGAGAAAGAGAAAGAGAAAGAAAAGCCAUCUAAUUCUCCCCCAAAUCCCUCUUCCGCUCUUGCGUUCGGAUCCCCACCGCCUUCCCCCUCUUCGCCAAUCCAAUUCGGACUUCUCUCGGCUUUCCUGACUCGUUCAGGAACAGCUUGCCCCUCUCCUUUUUCUUUCUCCGCUUGCUCCAAGACGGCGCGAAAACCGGCGAUCGCGGAGUUCAUUUCGUGCCUUAUUGGCGGCAGGUGGAGUCGGAGAUAAGAGGGGAGCCGCAAAGGAGGCUUCUUUCCGGCCGAUCCUUGAGGUUUCUUGAUUUGUUGGCGCGUCAAAGCUUACACUGUUCAGGCAGUGGCUGAGUUGUAGUGAGGUAAGCAAGUGGAGAAUAUACAAUCCCAGACGCAGGGUGAAGGAACAAUUUUGAAUUUGAUCGAGGAUCUAGUUCAAGCAACUCGCUCAUGGAUCAAGAUUUGUUGUGGAAUAACUUCCUCCAUAGUUCUGUAGAGAACCAGGACUUGCCUAAUGAUUCAUUAUCUCCUAAUAUUACUAAUAUCUCCUGUGGCGAUGUAGCUGGUCAAGAAAGUGCUAGCUUUAAUAUCUGGGAUCCAGUUGGCCCUAGCUCUAGCGCGCCUCCGUUACAGCAAGGCAAUCAUGAUGAACUAAAACUAGAAAGCAGUUGGACAUCUUCUCCUAUAGGUAAUAGAGCAGGUGGACCAAGGAUAACAGGCAGUAGAUCUGAAGCAGUGAACACUCUUUCUUUUGAAAAUGAGAAUACUGAUCUUAGCAGAAAUCAUGUCAACAAUGGAGAAGCAUUAUCACAAUUUCUUAACUUGCAAGGCCUCCGACAUAACGUAGGCUACAAUCCAGAGCAUGUUAGUAUGAGCCGUCAGGUUCUUGAGUCAGCGCAUCAUCCAGGAGUGUAUAAUCCAGGUCUAGUGCAACAUCAGCAUGUUUCCUUCACUGCGAGUUCUUCCGGGGCCAUUGAUUUUUUUUCCAACAAUAAUGGAGGCAAACGAGAAGUUGCACAAUGUUCUUCACACAAGAGAAAGAACAUUGAAGGGAUGCAUGGGGAGUGUUCAGCAAGUGGAAGUUCUAAUAACUUCAAUGAAGGUGUAAAUCAUGCAGAAGAAGAAAUAAAUGCAAGAAUCAGCACAAUCACAAGAGUUCCAGCUUCUGAUCCUCAUCCUUUUGGUAGUGUAGCGGGAAAUGAUGAGAGCUUUCAGAGGAACACUCGAAUGCGAAUCAACCAUGCAGAUCCAGCUAAUACUUCUACACCUAAUCUAUGGCCCCAAGAGAAUAUUAUUACUCGUCAUAAUCUUUGGUCUGCCCAUCAAUUAUCAUCCCCAGAUGUCCCAUUAAAUCCAUCAUCAGAGUUAAGGUUGGUGGGUGGCAAUCUAGGGUCACGCAGGCAACAUUAUGUACAUACAACUCCUGGCUUGUUUCCAGAUCUGUACCCUAUCCCACAGAGUGAAGCUUCAACAGCAGAAGUAGGGAGUUCUUCAGGCUCUCCAGCAAUUGCAGUUGAUGGAGCAGCUGGAGUACAAAACUCAUCGAGUGUUUCAAAUAAUAUCUCAGAGCAAAUUUAUGUUCUCCCAGCUAACACCAGGCGUUCAGUCCGAGAUCAGACGAAUUGGGGCUUGACCAAUGGAAGCACAGUUUUUUCUGGAAAUGCAUUGCCUACUUCACAGGUUGGUACCAAUUUGGGCAUUCAUCAAUCACAAGGAGCAAACUGGUUACCUCACCAACAUCGUCGCCGCCGCGUAUCAGAAGCUCCACGUAGGUCCGUUUCAUCACAUACUGAAACUAGAGGUCGGAGCAUAAGCCUUCUACCACAUCACGAUCAUUCAUCCAUAGUACAAGAUGUUGGACAUCAUCAGUCUGGAGCUGUUUCCCGAGGCCAUCAGCAAACAUACAUAAGAUCAAAUAUGUUGCAUAGACAAAAUGAUGGUGCUUUAGGUAUUCCUUUGUCCAUGCGAACUCUUGUUGCUGCAAGAGAAGCAAGAAGCAGGAUAUCAGAGAUUCGUAAUGUUUUUGAUCUCAUCCGUCGGGGGGAUAGUUUACUGCUUGAGGACGUACUAUUAUUUGAGCAGUCAGUAUUCCCUCGUGGUGCCAAUUUGCAUGACAGGCAUAGAGAUAUGCGGAUGGAUGUGGAUAACAUGUCCUAUGAGGAACUAUUGGCAUUGGGAGAAAGAAUAGGUACUGUUAACACUGGACUCACUGAGGAAAAGAUUCUUAGCAGCCUACGGCAAUGGAAGUAUGUAUCUAUUGCUGCAGAACCAUCAGAAGAGGAGGUUGAACCAUGCUGCAUAUGUCGGGAAGAUUACCUCGAAGGGGAGGAGCUGGGCCGGCUGGAUUGCGGCCAUGAUUUCCACACAGCCUGCAUCAAACAAUGGCUACUGAUAAAGAAUUUGUGUCCCAUCUGUAAAACAACUGCUCUGAGUACCUGAAAGAGGAGCGGGACUCAGUCCAUCCAUCUCCAACUACGAGGAAGGAGUGAGCAUGAAAAGUAAGAUGGGUCUUUCUCCAUACUAAAUUACUACAAUGAUGGAUAACAUUUUUCCUCAUUCUUUCAUGAAAUCUUUUCAAAGUUGAUUAUUCUUAAGCUUUGUGAACCAUCUCAGUACUGGAUCGUAUCGAUAUAUUAUUUUUUUAAUGAUAUUCAAUGGUACUGGUCGGUA